GUUUUCCUCCUAAAAUUCCGUCUCAUUCCCCAACCAGACCCAAGCAUAUGCCUCUCUUCCACUCUUCUAGAGUCCAUCCAGAGUUCAGGGCAGAGUCCAGAGUCCAGACCAACUACGGUAUUUAGCGCAUACUCCGCGUACCUAUUUCCUAAGUUUCGCUCUCUCAACUCGCUCGCUACUCUCGACCAUUUCAUGUACUUGCUUAUCUACACGUCGUCUACUCAGCCCGGCUGCUUCUUCUCAGGAAUUCGCCUCAAUUCCUGACUUCGUGCUGCCUUAGUGGACCUAAUCCAUAAGCGAUUUUUCGCUAAUGUCGAUCGUGGGUACCCGUAGUCCUCCCCAGUCCAUUCUUAACGAGCAGCUUUCUGCUUCCAGACUCACCACGACACCGCGGCUUUCGACAGUCAAGCGUCACAACUCCAUGCGAAAGUCCCUAGAACCGUCGAUUUCACUGACUCGCAACCCCGCUAUUCCAUCCGACGGCCCUGGAGAACCGUCUGUUCCACGCUUGCCCAUUGAGGAAGAGUGGCAUUUCGCAGGGCCUCCCCUGUCUGACUCUAAUCCGUCACCGUCUACGGCCGCUCCAUUCAGCCGUCACAGCUGGUCGUCAGGAUUUGACAGCCGACCGUCAACUGCCGACGGCCGCAGUUCGCCGUCGAUGACGGCGUCACCAGUUCGUUAUUUCCGUCGGCAUGCUUUCACGGGGACGCACCUCCAGAGAGCCUGCAGUACUCCACCCCGAGGUCGGUUAGGAGCGGUGGGACCGUUCGCCCGAGCUGGAGAUAUUCUCAAGGAGGAAAUGGCUCAGGAAAAUGAGCAGAUAUGAGGCCUUUGGGCGAGUAAUGGUGGAAGGAGAUAGAAAGAGAGUAGCCCGCGUGCUUAUUUCAGCAUGACAAAUGGCUGCUAUCCUUCCUACCGGUAUUUUCUUGUGUGGUCUUUUCUCUGUGGGUUACAUAUUGCAACUAGAUUGUGGAACCACUGAAUGGUUUCAAAUGUGAAAACCGCAUGUAUUUUACUCUGAUUUCACAGUUUUAC